CAAAACAGAAACCAUUUGUAAACCGGGAAGGGUGGGAAGCCACAAAGCCUCAACAAACCUACCCUAAUUGUUUGACCCACCCUUCACUCUUUUCCCCCAGUUUUUUGUUAUAAAACUAAACAAUCUUUCAAUACACAGGUUCUGUCUUCAUCAAGGAACAGCAAAUCUCAUUCUACCUCUUCUCUUCUCGUUGGGUUGUCCUAUGGACUAACAGGAAGCCUGAAGGAAUAGGCUUCCUUGUUGCUAACUAAGAAGAGAGGAGAAAGAGAGCUCUCUUUCUUUCUUUCUUCUUUGGUGGGAUUUUUGCCUUUCUGUUUUCAUUUUCAGCCAUGGCUGAAAUCUUGGAGCAGAUAAAAAAUGAGACUGUUGAUCUUGAGAGAAUCCCUGUUGAGGAGGUAUUUGAGCAGUUGAAAUGUACAAGGGAGGGAUUGACAGAAGAUGAAGGGAGCAAGAGGAUCCAAAUCUUUGGACCCAACAAGCUUGAGGAGAAAAAGGAGAGUAAAUUUCUCAAGUUUUUGGGUUUUAUGUGGAAUCCUCUGUCAUGGGUCAUGGAGUGUGCUGCUAUCAUGGCCAUUGUUUUGGCCAAUGGAGGAGGGAAACCCCCGGACUGGCAGGACUUUGUUGGUAUUGUCGUGUUGCUUAUCAUUAACUCCACCAUCAGCUUCAUUGAAGAAAACAAUGCAGGCAAUGCUGCAGCUGCUUUGAUGGCUGGUCUUGCCCCCAAAACCAAGGUAUUGAGGGAUGGAAAAUGGAGAGAGCAAGAAGCAGCAAUUUUGGUCCCAGGAGAUGUUAUUAGCAUCAAGUUGGGAGAUAUCAUCCCUGCUGAUGCUCGUCUAUUGGAAGGAGAUCCUCUCAAGAUCGAUCAAUCUGCGCUCACUGGUGAGUCUCUUCCUGUCACAAAGAACCCAGGAGAUGGGAUUUUCUCCGGCUCCACCUGCAAGCAAGGUGAGAUUGAGGCUGUUGUUAUCGCUACUGGUGUUCAUACCUUCUUCGGUAAGGCAGCUCACCUCGUUGACAGCACUAACAAUGUUGGCCACUUCCAAAAGGUGUUGACAGCGAUUGGAAACUUCUGCAUCUGCUCAAUUGGUGUGGGAAUGCUUAUCGAGAUUAUUGUUAUGUACCCAAUUCAGCAAAGGAGAUACAGAGAUGGUAUUGACAACCUUUUGGUGCUUCUCAUUGGUGGUAUUCCAAUUGCCAUGCCCACAGUUUUGUCUGUGACUAUGGCUAUUGGGUCUCACCGCCUUUCAGAGCAAGGUGCCAUCACCAAGAGGAUGACAGCCAUUGAAGAAAUGGCAGGUAUGGAUGUCCUCUGCAGUGACAAGACCGGAACUCUCACCCUCAACAAGCUCACUGUUGACAACACCCUCAUUGAGGUUUUUGCCAAGGAUAUGGACAAGGAUACCGUUCUAUUGCUUGCAGCCAGGGCAUCCAGGGUUGAAAACCAAGAUGCCAUUGAUGCUUCGAUUGUUGGGAUGUUGGGAGAUCCCAAGGAGGCCAGAGCAGGAAUCACUGAGGUUCAUUUCUUUCCCUUCAACCCUGUUGACAAGCGCACUGCAAUCACUUAUUAUGACAGCAAUGGAAACUGGCACAGAGUCAGCAAGGGUGCUCCUGAGCAGAUUAUCGAUCUUUGCGACCUCAAGGGAGAGUCAAGGAAGAAGGCUCAUGAAAUCAUUGAUAACUUUGCCAACCGUGGCCUUCGAUCUUUGGGAGUUUCCCGUCAGACAAUCCCUGAGAAAAACAAGGACAGUGCCGGAGGACCAUGGGAGUUUGUGGGUCUCUUGCCUCUCUUUGACCCUCCAAGGCAUGACAGUGCGGAGACUAUCCGCCGAGCGCUUGACCUUGGCGUCAAUGUGAAGAUGAUCACUGGUGAUCAGCUUGCCAUUGGUAAAGAGACUGGCCGUAGGCUUGGCAUGGGCACCAACAUGUAUCCCUCUUCUUCGCUUCUCGGUAAGGAUGAGUCCAUUGCCUCCAUCCCAAUCGAUGAGCUCAUUGAGAAGGCCGAUGGAUUUGCUGGAGUAUUCCCAGAGCACAAAUAUGAGAUUGUGAAGAGGCUUCAAGAGAGGAAGCAUAUUUGUGGUAUGACCGGAGAUGGUGUGAAUGAUGCACCAGCACUGAAAAAGGCAGACAUUGGUAUUGCAGUGGCAGAUGCAACUGAUGCAGCUAGGGGUGCUUCAGACAUUGUCUUGACAGAGCCGGGAUUGAGUGUGAUCGUUAGCGCUGUGUUGACAAGCAGAGCCAUCUUCCAGAGGAUGAAGAAUUACACAAUCUAUGCUGUUUCCAUCACAAUCCGUAUUGUGUUGGGAUUCAUGCUCGUCGCUCUUCUCUGGAAGUUUGACUUCUCACCAUUCAUGGUCCUCAUCAUUGCCAUCCUCAAUGAUGGUACCAUCAUGACCAUCUCAAAGGACAGAGUGAAGCCAUCUCCAAUUCCUGAUUCAUGGAAGCUCAAGGAAAUCUUUGCCACUGGCAUUGUCCUUGGAACCUACAUGGCUCUCAUCACCGUGCUUUUCUUCUAUCUUGUUCAUGACACCGACUUCUUCACUGAUAAAUUCGGUGUAAGGCCAAUCAAGGAUAACGCAGAUGAGCUUACAGCUGCUCUCUACCUUCAAGUGAGCAUCAUCAGUCAAGCACUCAUCUUUGUUACCAGGUCAAGGAGCUGGUCUUUUGUCGAACGCCCAGGUUUCUUGCUCCUCGGUGCCUUCAUCGCAGCACAGCUGGUGGCUACUGUAAUUGCUGUGUAUGCAAGCUGGGGAUUCGCUAGGAUCCAAGGCAUCGGCUGGGGAUGGGCAGCGAUCAUCUGGGUUUUCAGCAUUAUCACAUACAUGCCACUUGAUGUUCUCAAGUUCAUCAUUCGCUACGCGCUGAAUGGCAGGGCAUGGGAUAACCUGCUCCAGAGCAAGACUGCUUUCACAACCAAGAAAGACUAUGGAAAGGGAGAGAGGGAGGCUCAAUGGGCCUUGGCUCAGCGCACGCUUCACGGCCUCCAGCCACCGGAAACCUUGUUUAAUGACAAGACCAGUUAUGGGGAGUUGUCUGAGCUUGCUGACCAGGCCAAGAGACGUGCAGAAGUAGCCAGGCUCAGGGAGCUUCACACAUUGAAGGGGCAUGUUGAGUCAGUGGUGAAGCUAAAGGGAUUGGACAUUGAGACCAUACAACAACAUUACACAGUCUAAAUUCUGAAAGGACAUUCCCAGCGAUGAAACAAAGAGUUGAUCAAGCAAAAAUCACCAUAGGCAGCCAAGAUGGAAAUGGAGAUUACAAAAUAUAUAUAUACAAAAGUAGAAAAAAGAAAAAGAACAAAAAUAUGAAUGAUCUAAUUAAUUUC